AUGUUUCCAUCAACUCAUUCAAGAGUAAAUGCCGACCUUUUUCCUGGUGAGAAAAGUGCUAGUUCUAAACUCAGAGACUUUUUGCACAGAACCGAAGGCCAUAUGAUAUAUAGCGCUGUUGAUGAGGGCAAAAGCACUUCAAGAUACCAGGGUAAAACUUAUAAAAACAAUCCUUUGGCGACAUCUACAACAGAUGUUCACGAAGUGAAAAACGUUAAUCCUUUUGUCGAAGAAUUUGUCGCAACGAGGGUUAAGCUGGAGCCAAAAACUGCCAGCACGGUAAGAUUUGGAUCCAAUCAGACAAAAAUCUUUGAAGAAGACUCAGUUCUUGGCUGUUCAAAUAGGCAGGACUCAAUUCAACCAAGUGAGAUCGACUCCAUAUUGAUUGUCAAGGAACAGGAAAUGAAUAGAAGUGAUGACAGCUUUAAUGCCGGAUGGGAUGAAACCAUUGUGAUUCAAAAUCCUGUAGUUUUAGAAGGAAUGCUUCGAUGUUGGGAAGCUUGUGGUAUUCCUGAUACCGAGUUCGAUUCCGGGGACUUGGUCAUGACUGUGCAAAAACUCAGCUACGGGAUCUUACAGGCAUUGGCCAAUCAGGGAGCGGUCAGUAAGCUGGUCAAGGAAAGAGAAUUGGCAGAGGUGUCCGAAGAUUUUGAAGAAUGCUGGUUAGAUCUUUUAGAGGCGUUGCAAUCGGAAGAGCAGCUUGAAAAGUUGAGCACUGAUCUAUCUGAACAAUUUGAGAUAAACGCAUCCCAGAAAAACCAAAAUGCGAUUUUAAUGGAUCGUGUGAGGUCCUUGGAGUCUCAACUGGAAUGCCAAUCCUCGAUGAAAAGCGAAGUUGAGGCACAUGUUGCGAAAUUGCGUGAGUUGACAAAGCUAUAUGACGAUCAAAGCUCGAAGUAUCACGACCUGUGCACUAAAAUGAGUAAAAUGGAGUUGGAUUUGGAGGAGAAGACGCUGAAGAAUGACUCUUUGUUGAAAGAAAAUUUGGAAAUCAGAGAAGAGUUCUCGGUUUGUGAGAUUAAAUUGGCGACUAGCCAAAGUCAAGUUCGACGCUUGGAACGGAUGGCGUCCCAGAAUCAACGAGAAGCCGACAGGGUGCUCGAGCAGAAAAACCAGUAUUGCAAUCAACUCAUGUUGAAAUGUGAAAAUGUCGAAAAGGCGUGGCAGGAGGACUACUCCCGUAUCAACAACGAAUGCGAGAAAUUAAGCAUGCAAUCCCAGAAUCUAAAACUUGGCUUGCAGGCAUCAAAGGAAGACUUGGAGAGAUACAAACUAAAGACCGCCGAAUCCUUGAUAAUGUUACAUGCGUCGCGAAAGCGUGUUCAGGAACUUGAGGGCAAAUUUUCAGAAUAUUCCGCCAAGACAGCCACAACGUCAGCGCAAGUGGAGGAGCUAUUGGAAUUCAAACAGAAGGCUAAAGCUCGAAUAGUUUCACUGAAAAACUCAAAAAUGGAACUCAAAAAACGAAACGAACAGAUGCAAACUGAUGAGAAGCUGAUGCGGUCUCAGCUUAACGAAAUAAUUGACCAAUAUGAAUACAAAGAUACUGAAAAUCACAAACUUUUGAUAGAGCUGGAGAAACUGAAAAAAACGUUCCAAGAGACAAAAGAUUUAUUCAAAGCACCUAUUUCGCCGCUAGGAUAUAAAAGUGCGAAGAAGCAUCGGCCUUUGCGUAUACUUACGAAUCGCGUUAACGCCUGA